AGCAGUUUUUUUGUUUGUUUGUUUUUUAAGUGUGGUUGAAAAAUUUGGGUGUACCUUUUUUUGGGUGUAACUUUUGUGCAGGUGCACCAGUGCAACUGAGGCAAAACCCUGUUAAGCACCACAAAUAGAUCGUUAGGUUUGGGAAAAGGUUACAGUUAGUGUCAAAUACACUUUUUCACAGCUUCAACCACAUGUUAGAAGCGGUCCUGCUGCAUUUGGAGCAUUAAAAAGAGUGAGACGGUGAAUAAUCUGUCACAAAGAUACUCGGGUAAAAAGUGAGUUUGAGGCAGUUUUGCACAAAAUGUGUUUUUUUUUUCAUUCAGUCUAAAUUUCAGUAAAAACUCAGCUUGAACAAACACUUGACCCAAAUAACCAGGAAAAGACUGAGACAUGACAACACACAAACAAUUAGCUGUGAGUUGAAGAACAUCAAUCAUGUCCUGACAGGCUGACAGGACAAACACUGCCUGUCUUGAUUGGAAAAGACAAAGAGAAAUGUUUUUUGAUUGGGCGGUAAUGAACAGGUGACCUUUGUCCUCUUUAAAAGCAGCACAGAGAGAGGAAGAGGGCAUCAACAAUCAAGGAAGAAAUCGGUUCCACAGCGUGUAAAAAAAACAAAACAAAAAAAAACCCUUAAAAGUUUGUGUGUUAAUAAAAACAAAUUGGCAGCAGAAGAAAGAGACCUGAAUAAACCAGCAAGGAUCAGCUAACUGCACUGAAGCUUCCAGGAAGGAAUGAGGAAACUGUCAUUUUCCUCAUGUUGACACAGGGCAUCAACCUGAAAACUUGCUAGAAAUUCAAAGAAACACAAAAACCCGCAGUUCGUCUCAUGUCCACCGGAGGCUCCAGUUAGCUAUUAGCGGGUAUCUGUGUGCGUGUGAUACAGGCUAGCUUAGCCUUCGACAGGCAUUUAUGGCAAAUGCUAAAGCACCCAGAGGCCAGUGGAUGAUAUCAUAUUUGCUAUAUCCAUCUCAGUCUAUGACUAAGACAUGAAACCAGCUUAGGUUUUUUCUGUAACGCUUUAACAGCACCAACUAUAGCAACAGCGUCACCUGCUGUACCUGUGGAAGUACUGCUCUUUGGUUUUUCUGUAAAUUUGCUCUCACUUUAGGAAACCUGGCUCAUGUUUUAUUCGCAGGUGUUUUUUUUCAGGUGUUUGUUGUUGUGUCUUGUAAGACAAAGGUUCUCAGCAGGAUUCUCAGCUCUAUCUGACGCUGCGGGGAGUUAUCGAUCUCUUCACUGAUUUUUAUAUUUCUUAUUGAUCGGCCCCGUGGGGCCUCUCGGGAGGUCACAUGGUCAGAGCUUUCGGUUCACUGCUGAGCGGCUGUCAUCAUUUGUUGUUGGAGAGGAAAAAAAUCAAAGAACUGCAAGAAAAUUUAAAUCAAUCCAACAACCACAAAAGCCUUGAGACUACAACAACAGUGGGCCUGUGAUCACAACAGCUGCAAAACCACUCUGCUCGUUCCAGUCCCAUGUUCUUACUCUUGGACUCUACCAGAGUAGCUUUGCACAAUUCACUUUCUUCUGAUUGGUUGCUCCUCAUAAACAUAAAGUUACUGGGUCUUCUGAGAUUAUCAUGCUCUGUGUGAUGUCAAAGAGAUUCAAGAGUAGAAAAAACAGAUUUCACACAGACACAAAUACCUGCUCAUAUGUGCUCACUAAUUAAAUCCUAAAAUUUCCCCAAAACUGCACAAUAUUAAUCCAAAUUGCCCAUAGGUGUGAAUGUGGGAGUGAAAGUGAGCGUGAAUGGUUAUCUGUCUCUGUGUGUUAGCCCUGCGACAGACUGGCGACCUGUCUAGGGUGUACCCUACGACAGCUGGGAUAGGCUCCAGCGCCCCUGCGACCCUGAGAAGGAUAAGUGGAAGCGAAUGGAUGGAUGGAUGGAUGAAUGCACAAUAUCAGUCAGUCAAUAGCAGUCAUAUAGCAGUCAUAUUAUUGGUCAGAUAAUCACAUUCAAAAGGCUCCAACAGCACAAACACUGUCCUGAGGUCCAGUUCAGAGACCCAAUUAGGCAGCUCCCUGUCAGUCAAAGAGGCCACGCCUCCAAUAAUGCAAACAGUUAAAAACAUGAAGCAGGGAAUUAUCUAUAGAGAAAAACCAGUGUUUGUACAAGGCUGGAAACAUGUUUGUUUCUGAUGUAACAUUUUACAGUUUUUCUCAAAUGCUAAAACACAAACGCCAAACCUCUAAACCAAAUGACCAGUUGUCUAAACACAUUUACUAAAUCUAGCCAUCAUUUACCAAUAUCAUAAACACAUGUCACAUGAAGACACAAUUCACAGAACACAAUCCUCCGUUGUCAUAAAUCUAACCACAUUUUGCCUUGCUAAAACACAAGUUGCAAAAGAACUCUGCUCAUAUUCUCAAAUGAAAGCUCAUGUGAUGCAACAUGCUUGCCACAGUCAGCAAUAUUUGAACACAAUGAACACACCUGGCGUCAUUCAUUACACACAACGACUCAAAAUUGAAGACACUUGUUGCUAAUGCUGUGACCACAUGUAUAAAAGCAAGUUCAGAGUGCACAGUUUGCUGAAGAUUCCAAACAAACACAAUGGAUGAAGGCAGAGUCAGGGGAAGAGGAAUUUGAUGCAGAGGAGGGAGAAGAGCUGGCCCUGGAAGAAGAGGAGCAGGCCAACGAGGAAAAGGAGGAAGCCAACAUGGGAGAGAAGGUCCAGGAGGGAGAGCAAGACAACCUCGCACCAUCAUUACGGACGAGAUGCGAGCAACAGUCAUUGACCAUGUCAUUGUCCAUGGCAUGACAAUGGCUGAAGCAGGACUAAGAGUCCGUCCAAACCUGAGUAGGUUCACCGUGGCCACCAUUAUCAGGGCAUUCAGACAACACAACAGAGUUGAAAGAAUGCCACAUAGAGGUGGGAGGGUUGCCAUAUUUACAGCGGCACAAGAAACCCUCAUUGUGGAUAUGGUUCGUGGGAACAACCUCAUCAGAGACAAAGUUAUUCCUGAUAAUGUCAACUUUGAGAGCAUUGACGAUGUCAGCUUGGCCACAAUAGACCGAGUUCUCCAGCGCCAAAAGACGCGGAUGAAACAGGUCUAUAGGGUUCCCUUUGAGUGCAACUCUGCGCAACACAAAGACCUACGUUACGAGUAUGUGCAAAGGAUAUUACAGUUGGACGCGAUGGCCAGACCUCAUAAGUACCUCUUCCUGGAUGAGGCUGGCUUCAACCUGCAGAAACGAAGGCAAAGAGGCCGUAACAUCAUUGGCCAAAGAGCCAUCACUGAGGUCCCUGGCCAACGGGGAGGUAAUAUUACUCUUUGUGCGGCCAUGGGUUCGGCGGGGCUUGUCCACCGGCAUGCUGUCCUUGGGUCUUACAACACCCAACGUCUCCUCACCUUCCUAGAGGAGCUAAAAGACAUCCUCCUGGACCGCCAACAACACCAUCCUGGGCCCGCACAUCACAUUUAUGUGAUCAUUUGGGACAAUGUCCGCUUCCACAGAACAAACCAAAUCAGAGAGUGGUUCACCACCAACAGUGACCACUUUUUAAACGUCUGUCUGCCACCCUACUCCCCUUUCCUGAACCCUAUAGAGGAGUUCUUCUCAUCGUGGAGAUGGAAGGUUUAUGACAGACAACCAUACACAAGAGAGAACCUCCUAAGGGCAAUGGAGCUGGCCUGUGUUGACAUCCCAGCGGAGGCCUUCCAAGGAUGGAUUCGCCAUUCCAGGGCGUUUUUCCCGCGGUGCCUGGCGAGAGACAAUAUAGCCUGCGAUGUGGAUGAGGUGAUGUGGCCCGAUGCAGCUCAGCGACAUGAUGCCACACAGUGAUUGUGGUGUGUGUGUGGUGUGAAUAAAGUAAAUAAAAAAACUUCACACCCUGA